GAGGAAGAGGAAGGAGGGGGAAGGAGGAAAGGCGCGGGAGCCAGCGGGCGGCCGGCGGACGGGGGCCCGCCAGGGACGCACUGCCGUCCUCGCCGCCGCCAUGAUGCGGUUCAUGCUCCUCUUUAGCCGGCAGGGGAAGCUACGCCUCCAGAAGUGGUACUUGGCCACGUCGGACCGGGACAAGAAGAAGAUGGUGCGAGAGCUCAUGCAGGUGGUGCUGGCCCGCAAGCCCAAGAUGUGCAGCUUCCUGGAGUGGCGAGACCUCAAGGUGGUCUACAAAAGGUAUGCCAGUUUGUACUUCUGCUGUGCCAUCGAGGGACAAGACAAUGAGCUCAUCACCUUGGAACUCAUCCAUCGAUAUGUCGAACUGCUGGACAAAUACUUUGGCAGUGUGUGUGAGCUGGACAUCAUCUUCAACUUUGAGAAGGCCUACUUCAUCCUGGAUGAGUUCCUGAUGGGGGGGGAGGUGCAGGACACCUCCAAGAAGAGCGUCCUGAAGGCCAUUGAACAGGCGGACCUCUUGCAGGAGGUAGAGGAGGAUGAGUCACCCCGAAGCGUGCUGGAGGAGAUGGGCCUGGCGUAGCGGAUCGCCUCAGUGGAUUUCAGGCCUUCUCCCCCCACUCUCUCCCCUCACUGCCACUUGCCCCCUUUCCUCCUGGUGCACAGGAGGCCCUGGGCUGCUGCCCCACAGGCUCCCCAGUCUGCCCCACUCAAGGGAACCCUGCUGUUCUGGGCUGCCAGGACCCAUAAACUCUACUGUGUAAAUACCGAACCCAACUCUAUAGGGAGAGAUGCACUUGAGCAAUGCGGGGGGG